UGUUUGGUAAGGUGUGACACAGAAGGGAAGAUGGACUUAAUGGAGUUAUGGGCAAUUUUCGGCCCCGGCGUCGCUGGCGCUGUCUUCGGCGCCGGAUGGUGGAUCUGGCUUGACGCCGUUGUCUGCAGCUCCGUUACCGUUCCCUUCCUUCACUACCUUCCUGGAAUUUUCGCAUCUUUUGCCGCUUUGAUGUUCAAUUGCGUUAGAAAAGAAGACAUCGAUUAUUCGCCCUAUGACGAAGGCGAGUGGAGAUUGAAGCUGUGGCUCUUCAUUGCAUAUGUUGUAUCCUUCGUUUCUUUAGCUGGAUCAGCGGGUUUACUGAUCCAAGACUCACUUGAUAAAUCUGCCCCUUCAGUUUGGGCUGGAGUUGCAGGUGUUUUGCAGUGUGUUUUUGUCUUGAUCAGUGGACUGAUAUAUUGGACUUCUCAUCCUGAAUAAGGUGCACCAAGAUAUGACUUGGUUGGAGCCUCAAAUUCUACCAGGUUAUGUCCACCCAUGUAUUAUCUUGUUUUUUUUUUUUUUUUUUUUUUUUUUUUUUUUUUUUUUUUUUUUUUUUUUUUUUUUUUUUUUUUUUUUUUUUUUUUUUUUUUUUUUUUUCUGACGGGAAAUAGCCAGCUUCGUGUAAAUCCGUAAAUGUAAAUUGUGCUAACAAUCUCGACGCUUGAGCCUCUGGGUAUAUUCAUAUUUCUUGUUUCAUAUAGUUGAUCAAGAUCUGUUACACAAGAUAAAUUCAGUCGCUUGGUGUUAUCUAUAAAGCCCCCCCUUGUUUCUUAAUA